CGUAUCGAGUGAUGAGACGUGCAGGUCCAAAUCAGAUGGCUACACUGACUGAGUGUGCAUAUCGCAAGGCACAAAUAUUCGGAAUCACUGGGGAGUUGAAGCAGAAACAAGGAGAGAGAGGGAGCAGCUAUGGUGGCAUUCUCAGAGUCCGUUUGUUGUAACGACUUCCAAAUGAUUUGCGUCAUCUGUUAACGAUCGCAAUCGAUUUGCAUCCAUAAUGAGUCGCGGUCAUGGGAUGCGGUUACCGCGUCGUUCACUUGUUCGAAGCACACACACACACACCAGUGCAGUUUGUGCAGGUCACCACCACCACUCGCUCGCACACACACGUGCCGAGUAACACGAAUGAAAUAGGCAUGGCGAGAGACAUUGGCACAGGUGUUGUUCGGCAGAAGCACUCACCUCUACAAGCACUACACAGUUGUACGUGUGCUUUUUCGAUCGCACGCUUCACUAAGAAGGCGGGUAUUAACUUUAUGAACAGUGAAGACCGUGUUUAGAUGGUAGUUUCUAUGUGGUCCACACCCAUGCUGCAUGGAUUAUCUGUUCCGGAACACGAUGAAGUGUAUCCUGACUCGGCACGUAUGCUUUUGUUCCGCAGUUAUCGUAAUUUACCAACUGCCACGAACAGUCCUCGUGCCACACGUCUAUCAGCACGACCCAGUUUGCGCAGCCCUGUCAUGCGACCCGCAUACCUUACAUCGAAUUAUUCCCCAUUCGCAUUUCAGCGAAGCUCAAGUGUCCGAAACACUCGAUCAAAUCACUUUGGUAGCGUGAUUAACCUUGGUGAACCUUCUCCUGUGCCUUCGGAUGAAACGUCGAUUGCAUUGUCUGGAACUGGAAACUCCUUUUCCCGUCUGGACCAACCACAGCUAAGUUGGGCUCGGUCGUCUCACUUGAGACGCGAGCGUAGCACAGCAUGUAGCCGCAUACGGAAUAACCUAAACCGGUAUUCUGUAGACUUGCUGUUACCAAGUUUGUCGGGACCAAACGAUCAUGCACCCGUCACUACCUUGGCCAAUUCACUUUGUUCACAUGCUAACCUGAAUACCAGCGAUACCGAACCUGCAGCUAAUCCCGCUUCGCAUUCGAAUAAUAACGGAAGCUCGUUAUCCAUCAGAGCGGUCAGUUCAUGGGCCCAGACGCAUAACCAGGCAGAAGAUUCUCCUUCCAAUCCCUCUAUGCUUCAGCAUAAUACAUCGAAUGAACUACAGCCGACGAGUUCGACUCAGGAAAGAGUCCAUCCGAAUCGACCAUCUAGACUGAUUUUUAUGCCUGAGGAGCCCAACUCUGGCUACAACGCCCGUGAUUCGACGCAAGAAGGGAUUACUCAGCGAGCAUCACGUCUGAGACCAUCUCACCGGCAGCUAACUUAUCGUAGAGCUGCUUUCCGGCAAGAUUCCAACGACGAUCUAUCACCCCGCAUUAUCUCCGCCUCGCCUAUGAUCAACAUAUCAUCGUCACGCCCUGUUGAUCGGCCCAUACACGUGAGGCAUCCAGAAAUGGUUGUCGAGCAACGAGUCCAAAUAGGUUCGGACGCACAAAGCAGUGUAAGCGGAGCCAGUAGUGUUGAGGAUCUAUCAACUGGUGUACCCAUAACAUUUUCCGGUCCGAAUGAACAGCAGCCACCGCGAUCGAUCAUUGUCACUGUCAAAGAAGAUGACAACGUCGCAAUAAGCCGAACGCAACACACUGCCUCGACACCCAUGAAUACAUUCAAAGAAGCAACGUUUGACUACAACGAUUGGCGAUUGAGCUGCUCCGGGACUCGGGAAUUGUGGCGUCGCCUGCUACUGACGGAACGUUUCGUGGAUGUUUAUUUCUAUGUCGGUGGCACUGACAUUUUUUCCAGCGGUAUAUCAUCGCAAAUGACGUCACCAGAUCCGGGUGCCCCAGGAGGACCGACGAGUAUGAGGCAUCAUGUUCCACAACAGAACCGACUUCCACUGGAUGCAAUCAGUCGGAACGGUCACUCCAUUUCUCCAGUUCGAGCUUUGAGUCAUACUGCGGGCAGCACAGAGUCCAUUGUUUCGAAUGCCGUGUGCAACCCUAGUUCUUUGGACACAGAAGUAACCGACAGUGCUUCAGAUGCUGACGAGGAGGUACGGAUUAUUAUUGGUCACUCAAAGGAGACCAACCCUAGCCGGUCAUCCGCGUGUGUCAGCAGCCCGUUACUCGUUUUGCCAAGCUUCCAAUCCUGCCAUAGCUUGGCCAAAGAUUUGACUACAUUCGGGACGCUACACAACCUGGGCAAUAACAACAAUGAUAUCUCGCAAUCGCAAAUUCCCACAUCUGCUCACAAGCAUACCUCACGUAGCGAAUCGUCCAUCCACGACAGGUCACAUUCAGUGAGCAUUCAGUCGGAUGUGGAAGAGACUGAUACAUUGAUGGAGACAGUGAAGCAACUGAAGACAAUUCAUGUGCAAGCUAGGUGCACACGGUUCGCCGCCCACCGACUGGUCCUGUCGAUUGCAUCGCCCGUGUUUGAGGCCAUGUUCUACGGUCCACUGGCUUCACUCGAUUCCCAGCCUAUGCAACCUAUCUCAGAAUACCACAUUCCAGACAUACAUCCAAAGGCUUUUCAGAUUAUGUUGCUAUACAUGUAUACGGAUGAACUCCAGCUGGGCGAAGAUCUAGACAUCGUAUUCUACGUUUUGUACGCAUCUAAGAAAUACAUGCUCCCUCAGCUUGGCCGGCAGUGUGUGGAGCACUUGAAAGAGCACAUCACGGCGGCUAACGUCUGUACGGUGCUGGAUCGUAGUAUGUUUUUCGAAGAGGAUGAUCUCACUCGUCGCUGUUGGCAUGUUAUCGAUGUCUUGGCUCCUCAUGUCCUCACCUCACCGGGAUUGAUCAAAAUGGAAGCGGCACGGUUCAAAUCUCUGCUCAAGCGCGACACGCUCAAUUGCAAGGAGGCAGAAGUGUUCGCUGCAGUUCGACGUUGGGCUGAGGCUGAAUGCACUCGUCGAGGGAUCGGCGUUUCACUUACCAAUCAGGCUAGAGUAGCAGCUGAAUUUCUAUAUCUCGUACGAUUUCCAACAAUGACGCUGAAUGAAUUUGCUGAAAAUGUGGCCUAUUCUGGAUUUCUGUCUUUAGAAAUGGUGAGAGACCUGUUCGUGCAUAUCACACAGCAGCCGAACGCAUCACCAAUUUGUCACAACAAAUCGGACCACCAACUUUCCACUGUUUUCGAAGCUGGUAAAGACAGCGGGUUGACUACAUCACGGGAUCAUCCCAAACACGGUGGUGCAUGUGUGCGGGCGACCGACUUAUUCUCCUUCGUUCCACGAGUUGGCCCCAAGCUGUGGCGCUGUUCGCGAUUUUCACGCACGGGGAAACAUUCGGUCAGCUCGUCCUUAUCUAACGGACAUCAACACAGCCUCAGUUUUCGUGCUUAUCUCCUAUCAACGCGGAUGACUUUACCUCCGGUUGAAGCGGACUUUCGGAUGUGGUUCUGUGGCUACCUAACCGCCAGUCGGAGAUCUCCUGAUAUCUGGCGAUGGAACGUUUUUCGUUCCACAAACAUAAUAUACGGAUUUUCGCGAUAUAGAAGCAAAUGUUGGUAG